AUGUCCAUUGUAGUGAUCCCCGGCGCUGUCGAGCCGACGCUCACCGACGCGGACUAUGCCGGCCUGCUGGCAGCCGUAGGUGUGCACGAUGCGCCCCAGCAGGACCAGGACGACUACCGGGCAGUGCUCAAGUCCUUUCUGGCCGUGAUGGCCAAGGUAGAUGACGGGCCCGACUACACGCCGCCGUCGCUGAUGCCACAGCCGGCCGACCGAGCCUUUUCCGUUCCUCUGGUCGAAGAGAACCCGUUCAAUGCGUGGAGCCACCGGUGCGCGAUUGCGGCGCCGACGACAGCCGCCUCCAAUGUCCGGCUGCAGGGCCGCUCGCUGGCCGUGAAGGACAACAUCGCCGUGGCCGGUCUGCCGACCACCAUCGGCACGUCGCCCUUUCUCUUUGCCGACGAUGGCCGCUGGGACCUGGCGCCCGUAGACGCCACCGCCGUCGUCCGGCUGCUGGCUGCCGGGGUGGUCGUGCGCGGCACCUCGACGUGUGAGGCCUGGUGUGCGUCGCCGCUGUCCUACACGUCCUACAGCGGACCGGUGCACAACCCACGGCUGCACGGGCACACGGCCGGCGGGAGCAGCAGCGGAUCGGCCGCUCUGGUGGCGGCGCAUUCUCUUCUGGGGGACGCGACUGCCACGACGACGGUACCGCUGGCCAUCGGCACCGAUCAGGCCGGCUCUGUGCGCAUCCCGGCGUCCUACAACGGCAUCUACGGGCUCAAGCCGACGUUUGGGCUGGUGCCCUACACUGGAGCAGCGUCCAUGUCGCCGAUGAUCGACCAUCUGGGCCCGUUGGCUGGCUCGCUCGAGGACAUCGCCGCGCUGCUUCAAGUCAUGGCCGGCUACGAUGGCUUGGACCCCCGAAUGACGCCAGAGUCGCCCCUGCGCGAGCACGUGAAGCCAUACGGUGACCUGCUGGCUGCCUUUCGCACAUCCACGGCCGCUGUACCCGCCAAGCCUCUCCGUGUCGGCAUCCUCCGCCAGGGCUUCGAGGUGCCUGGCCUCACCGAUGCUGUCCGCGACACUGUCUUGAAGGCGGCCCGGUCCAGCUUUGCCGCGGCUGGCGCCGAGGUCGUCGACGUGUCUGUGCCCAUGCACGCAGACGGUGCCGUCAUCUGGAAUGCGGCCACCCGUCCGUCCAUGGCGACCUGGCUGCUGCAGGGUCGCUGCUCUGGCCAUCUGUCGUACCUCUCGCCACACAUCCACCCGACUCCUGCUCGCUGGCCGGCCGACCAGGCCACCUACGAUCACCUGCAUGCCAAUAACCCGGCCGCGGUCAACAUCCUGCUCAGCCAGGCUGCCUCUCAGCGCCUCCUGCCACCAGGCCUCGAGGCCAAGGCCCACCGCCUCGUCUUCGCCCUGCGCGCUGCCUAUGACGAUGCUCUCGCCACUGUCGACGUGCUCGUCACUCCUUGCGCUCCCGAUGUCGCCAAGCCGCUGCCACUCGACCUCGCCCACAUGUCCGUCCGCGAUAAAAUGGCUUACGCCGUCGGCACCACCAACAACACCAGCCCGUUCAACGUCACCGGCCAUCCCGCCCUCAACGUGCCUUGUGGAUUCGCUGCCCACGCCGCCCGCCCAGACGUUCCCCUGCCUGUAGGCAUGCAGCUUGUCGGCCGCCGCUUCGAGGACGACCAGCUCAUCCUGGCUGCCGCCCUGUUCGAGAGGGGACGGGCGAAGCUGGGGACUACUUGCGAUUGA